UCCCUUGAGCCAAUGGGCCGAGACUUGGUAGCAAAGCAGGGAAGUGCUGUCAGGAGAGGAGAACAGGGGCUCUCCGUCACGUCAAUAGAACCAUGGGCUCGGGUGUCCAAUUCAGAAAGGCGUCGUUAUACCUCGCGAAUGUCCUUCUUAUAGCAUCACUACUCAUCUUUGCUAAAGGGUUCUUCCCCCACAAGGCCUUUUUGACCGGCCUGGCAGCAUGGUCCGCGGGUCACCAGCCGAGACCAGCUCCCUUUGAUCGGGUCUUGUUCAUGGUGGUGGAUGCUCUACGGAGCGACUUUGUUUACAGCAAUGCUUCGCAUUUCUCCUUUACGCAAAGUCUGAUCAGAUCUGGUGCCGCACUGCCUUUCACAGGCCACGCGAGUGCUCCCACCAUCACCAUGCCCCGGGUCAAAGCCAUCACCACGGGAUCAGUACCCAGUUUCGUGGACCUAGUCCUCAACUUCGCCGAGUCCGACACCACCUCGACUUUAAAAGACCAGGACUCAUGGCUCGCGCAAAUGCGAGAAAAGGGCGGCAAUCUCGUCAUGUACGGAGACGACACCUGGCUCCGUCUGUUUCCGGAUUUCUUUCAUCGCGCCGAAGGCACCACGAGCUUCUUCGUUUCCGACUUUACCGAAGUCGACAACAACGUGACGAGACACAUUCCUUCCGAGCUCCAAAACGACGACUGGUCGGCCAUGACCCUGCACUUUCUCGGUCUCGACCAUAUUGGUCACAAGACAGGCCCCAAGGGUCCUAAUAUGCCAGCGAAACAAGCGGAAAUGGACAAGAUCGUUCGUCAGAUCUACACCGCCAUGGAGGAUACAGAACACAUGAACUCGUGCCUCCUGGUGCUAUUGGGGGAUCAUGGAAUGAAUGAAGGUGGCAACCACGGGGCUUCAUCUCCGGGAGAAGUUUCAACCGCCUUGACUUUUAUCUCUCCCAAGUUUAAAUCAGCCUUUGAGGGUCAACACAGCCCUGUUCAUGAUGCUCUCGACUACAAAUACUAUGACCUGGUGGAGCAAUCGGAUAUCGUCCCGACACUCGCAGCCCUCUUGGGGUUCCCAAUCCCAAUGAACAACCUUGGCGUAGCAAUCCCGCGUCUUCUCGAACUCUGGACAGUCGAGAAUGAUCGAUACAGUCUUCUUUACGAGAACGCCGAGCAGAUUCACAGGAUAGCCGAGGCUACUUUUCCAGACGCAUUUGGUCAGAUAUCCACCGACUGCUCGGCGACCAGCGGAGAUGAUGCGUCACGUCUAGCAUGCCUGUGGCGCCAGGUUGAAACAGCGCACUCUGAUCUAGCAACACGUACGGCCUCAAUACCCACCCUCAAGAGUUUUCUGUACAAAGCACAAACGCUCCUGAGUGGGACGGCAAGCAACUACGAUCUCACUAUCAUGCAGGCAGGCGUCGCCAUGGCUACUCUCGCGUUAGGGCUGUGCUUGCCCAGCUUCAUUCCAAGCCUGUUGCAGUCAGGCGUCGACGGCAUCAUUCUGGGCUUCACAAUGCUCGUAUACAUUAUUACCAUGUUUGCCAGCAGCUAUGUCGAAGAGGAGCACCAAUUCUGGUACUGGAUGUUAAGUGCCUGGCUCGUCGUCCUCUUCUGUAAAGACGCACGGUACUACUCAUCACCUUCCACCCUCGGAGGCCCAAUGGGAACGGCACUCGCGUUCAUAUUCCUGCUCGCUACACGACGCUGGCGCCAAACGGGCCAGAAAUACGCCGGCGAACCUGAUCUCCUGAUUGAGCUCGUCGUUCCAAAUUCUUGGAUUCUGUGGGCCCUCGUGAUCAUCACCUACACCCACCUCUCGCGGAACCUCUCCAGUCGCGUCGUGAAAUGGAUGGGAGCUCGACAAAUGAGCCUCCUCCCCAUCCUGAUCUCGAUCUCCGCGUUCCUAUUCAAGAUUGCCUUCACCGCGGCCGACGCACCGGAACUGCUCGCCACUUUCCCACUUCUGCGUCCCCUCGUUGCCUUCGUCUCGCGAUACCCACUGGUCAGUAUGGCGCGGAUCGUCUUCCUGGGGUUGGCGCAUCUUCUCUCUUGCUCAGUCUACUAUGAAGCGCCAUGGCAGGGGAUUGAAAACCUCCGAGAAUUUCUUGACGCGGUUCAAGAUGUGCUCUCAUUGUUCCUCGUGACGCAGUCACGUACGGUCUAUAUACCGCUGUACCUCUUCUUUAGCUUACAAGUAUACCUGUUGAGACGUGGACGACAGUAUAGUGUGAGCGAGAUAUCUAUCCUUGCACUCCUCGCCCAGUACGCGUCAUUCUUUAUGUUUGGUGGGACCAAUUCCAUAGCCACGAUCGACUUGUCAAACGCCUACAAUGGAGUCAGCGGCUACAACGUCGUGGCUGUAGGCGCGCUUACGUUCGUGAGUAAUUGGGCUGGGCCGGUAUGGUGGGCGUUCGCGGUGUGUCAGCUCUAUAGCGCACCACAACUUCGCAAGGGAGGUGUGGGAAUGAUGAUGACGACCACGGCGACUUUUGCGUGUGUGCACACUCUGGCCGUCAUGGUCGCUUGCUUGGUGCUCAGAGAGCAUUUGUUCAUUUGGACCGUCUUCUCGCCCAAGUAUCUUUAUACGGCGGCCUGGGUGGUUGGACAGCAUACUGUUGUGAAUAUGUUGGCUGUUGGAGGUCUUUUGUGGUGGGGUCAUGGCUGAAAUAAAGUCUAGAAGGCGAGUGGUUGAGUUUGACUCAUUAUCGAUUAUUUUAAAGACUAGGAGGAUGAACGGCCCCGUUGUGGGACUGUGAGACGCAAAAUGAGUCAAACAGCUGGCCUAUACCUUCGACAUCGUCGAUAGAUAUGAC